AUGUCUGUGCAAUCUAAUCCAUACGGACCACAUCCAUCUGAUUUUCUUUCUAAUGUUCGUAGUUUCGAAGUUAUCGAAUCCACAUUGAGAGAGGGUGAACAAUUUGCUAAUGCAUUUUUCACUACUGAAAAGAAGAUUGAGAUUGCUAAGGCUCUAGAUGACUUUGGUGUUGAUUACAUUGAAUUGACAUCCCCUGUUGCUUCUGAACAAUCCAGAAGAGAUUGUGAAGCCAUUUGUAAGUUGGGAUUAAAGGCUAAGAUCUUGACUCACAUCAGAUGUCAUAUGGAUGAUGCCCGUGUUGCUGUUGAAACCGGUGUUGACGGUGUUGAUGUGGUUAUCGGUACUUCACAAUUUUUGAGACAAUAUUCUCAUGGUAAGGAUAUGAACUACAUUGCCCAAAGUGCCAUUGAAGUCAUUGAAUUUGUCAAGUCUAAGGGUAUUGAAAUCAGAUUUUCCUCAGAAGAUUCCUUCAGAUCAGACAUUGUUGAUUUGUUAAACAUCUACAGAACCGUCGACAAGAUUGGUGUUAACAGAGUUGGUAUUGCCGACACUGUAGGUUGUGCCAACCCAAGACAAGUUUAUGAAUUGGUCAAGACUUUGAAGUCUGUUGUUUCCUGUGACAUUGAAUGUCACUUCCACAAUGACACUGGUUGUGCUGUUGCCAACGCUUACACUGCUUUGGAAGGUGGUGCUAAGUUGAUUGAUGUCUCUGUUUUGGGUAUUGGUGAACGUAAUGGUAUCACCCCAUUGGGUGCUCUUAUGGCUCGUAUGAUCACUGCUGAUCGUGAUUACGUUCUUUCCAAGUACAAGUUGCAUAAGUUGAGAGAUUUGGAAAACUUGGUUGCUGACGCCGUUCAAGUCAACAUUCCAUUCAACAACCCCAUCACUGGUUUCUGUGCCUUCACCCACAAGGCUGGUAUUCACGCUAAGGCCAUCUUGGCUAACCCUUCUACCUAUGAAAUCUUGAACCCUGCUGAUUUCGGUUUGACCAGGUAUAUCCACUUUGCCAACAGGUUGACCGGGUGGAAUGCCAUCAAGUCCAGAGUUGACCAAUUGAAUUUGAACUUGACCGAUGAGCAAUGUAAGGAAGUCACAGCUAAGAUCAAGUUGUUGGGUGAUGUUAGACAAUUGAACAUUGACGAUGUUGAUUCCAUUAUCAAGGACUUCCACACUGACAUUAAUACUCCUUCUUUGAAGCCCCAAGCCUUGGAUGCAAAGGAUGUUGAACCAGUGGUUGCCAAUGGCGACGAGCCAGCUGCUAAGAAGCACAAGGUUGAAUAG